UUAAAAUUUAAUAAAUAUUAAAUAAAAAUAAAAAUAUUAAAAAAUGUAAAUAAAGGUUCACAAAUUAAAUCUCCCAAACAUUCUCCCGAUUCCCCAAACCCUCACAACAACAAUGGCAUCGACCUUGCGAAAUCGACUGGCCCAAAAACCCUAAUUCCCAAAUUCUCAAAUCUCAUCCAUUUUCUCUCUCUUCAAUCACCCCAAAAUUCUUCUCAACAAUUCAAUCACAAUCGCAAUUAAUUUAAUCUCUGUUUUACUUUUUCCGAUUUUAUAAUAUUUGAUUCAAUUUUGUUGAAUUUGAUGGGACGAAAUUCUUCAGCUUCAACAUCUCUUGCGCCGGGUUUUCGAUUUCACCCGACAGAUGAAGAACUGGUGUGGUAUUAUCUGAGGCGUAAGGUUAGCGGCAAACCCUUUCGUGUCGAUGCGAUCUCUGAAAUCGAUAUUUACAAAGUUGAACCCUCUGAUCUUCCAGGAAGGGUUUGUUUUGUGCAGGGUGUUUCAAAAAAGUGGAACAGGACCGAAAAACGGGGAGAAGUAUGGAGCUCCACUCGUGGAGGAAGAGUGGGAAGAUGAUAGUCUGGAAGAUGUGGUGCCUGCCGAGGUGUCUUUUGAAGAUCCCUAUGUUGAUGAUGAUGCAUACAUUGAACAGAAUGAUCUGGAGCAGGUUGUUGAUUGCCAACUUCCAGCAAAUGUUCCUUUUCCUGUCAGCUUCAACCCUGUUGAUAGCAACUACUAUCUUGAAUGUUCCCAUAAUGUGACUGGAGCUGAACAGGCUUCCGUUGUUGGGGAGUCUGAAGGUAAGUGUAGUUUGCAGGUUCUGGAUGGUCAGGAGUUUUAUGAUCUUGGGCAAGAUGAGAACACUGCAUUUCUUGUGAAAAAUGAGCAUAUGGCUCAACCAAAUGACUUGAGUAACCAGGCUCCUGGCGAUUUGCUGGAUGAUCUACUCUCUGGGAAUGCACCCCCCGAGGAUGGGCUUUUCCUGGAUGCUGUUGACUUUCUGGAACCUGUUCAAGAAGAUACCCAUGAUUUUGAUGUUCUUGGAUCAUAUCUGGAAGAUGAUUUUGAUAUUGGACCAUAUCUUAAUUUUGAUUCUUCUCCAGAACAGAUCAGUAUCGAUGCUGAUCAAAGUUUCUCCUUCAAACAGAAUAUGAUUGAUACAACUUGGCAAGUUCCUUCAGGAAGUCAACUAAACGAAACAGGUGAUGUUGAUGAUGUUGCAUCAUCUUCCAAGCAAUUCAUGGUAAACUCAAAGGCUAAGCCAUCUAAGACUGAUAUCCAAUAUCCUUUCCUGAGUCAGGCAAACCGUUUUUUGGGGAAUAUCCCUGCUCCAUCAGCAUUUGCUUCAGAAUUGCCUUCCAAGGACGUGGCUGCACGUUUGAGCGCUGCAGUGCAGGCUUCUACCGCCCAGAAUGUGACAGCUGGUAUGAUCAGAAUAAGGGACAUGCCUAUUGGGGUCAGCAGAAGUGGACUGGCAGGACUACAUUGGUCCUUUGACAAGACUGGUAAUGUCAAUGUUCUCCUUUCCUUUGACUUUCUUGAGGCGGUGAACCCUGUGGGACUUGAAUCAUUGACGGGCCUGUUGUCGAGCAAGAUUUCUACAGCAACUUCUCACGGAUGGUUAAGCUUUAUGUUUUUCCUGUUCUUUGCUUUUGCUGCAAGUGUCAAAGUUGGUUUAUACAUCUAUGCAAAGUAACAGCAAUUUUACAGCAGAUUGAGAAAAACAGAGAAUUAUGCUCUGGUCUUUAUAUUCCAGAAUUCGGGAUACCCUUAAUUUUAUUACUUUUGCCGUAAUGGCCUAAUGUAGAGUAAAGAUUGAUACUCUCGGCUUUUCUAUACUGUUUCCUUUUGGCAUUCUCGUUUAUCCUUUGAUUUAGUAGCUCUCAUAUGGUAAACAUGUGGUGUAUAAAUCUGCAGACUGAAGCUAAAUAUUACAUCAGAUCAACUGGAAAAUAUUGUGUUUCUGAUUGUUAUUCUGUUAUUUUAUGUUUAAGUAUCAAACAGCAUCUUAUGCUAAUGUGAAUGACGGAAUUCUUAAAAUUAA